AUGGACCCAUUGAAAUACUUGUUCGAAAAACCAGCACUAAAGGGUAGGAUCGCAAAAUGGCAGCUAUUGCUUUCAGAAUUUGACAUCACAUAUGUCACCCAGAAGGCAAUUAAGGGGCAAGCACUGGCCGACCAUCUAGCAGUACACUCUCUGCCUGACUACGAACCAUUGAAGACCUUCUUUCCCGAUGAGGAUAUCCUCCUGAUUGAGGAAGAAGAAGAAAAGAAGGUAGGAGAGUGGACACUCUAUUUCGACGAAGCCGUAAAUUCAAAAGGGAGUGGAGUAGCAUGCAUCGCUGGUCUAAGAGAGGCCAUAAUCCUCAACGUGAAGAAGUUACGAGUCUUCGAGGACUCGCAGCUCAUCAUCAAUCAAAUAAACGGCGAUUGGAAGACCAAAGAUGAAAAGCUGAUCCCGUAUCACGUCUAUCUAGAAAAUCUAAUCAAAGAAUUUGAAGAGAUCACUUUCUCUUACAUGCCCCGAGUCAAGAAUCAGUUUGUAGAUGUUUUAGCUACCCUCGCCUCGAUGUUGGAGAUCUCAAAAGGAGUUGCUGAAUGGGAACUUACUGUUGAACUUCAGGAGGAGCCCGCAUUCUGCCUACAGAUCGACGAAGCUGAGCAACCCUCGAAUGAUCGGCCAUGGUACACAAACAUCAAAGAAUAUCUCGAGCAUCAGAAGUACCCAGAAGGAGCAACACUAGUCGAUCGACGCACCAUCCAAUGA